CUAUUGUAAUUCUUUUUUUAGACACCGUUCCUUAAUUUAAGAAUAAAUUUACAAAUCAAAAUUCCAAACAUAGCGUAUUUUUCUCCAAAAGAAUUGUCGCUUAUUACAGACUUCAUUAUUUUUGAAUUAAUCUUUUAUAUUUAGCUUUGGUAAUUGAUUCUCAAUUAUCGUCCAAGUUUCCAAAUUCGAAAUCUUUUCAGAUCACAAAAUAGCUAUACCUGCUGCAAACUUGGCUUCAGACAUUGCUCGUAUCUUCGAACAAAAGCUAAUCUUACUCAUAAAAUCAUGUAAGACCUGGAAACAGCUCCAACAAAUUCAGUCGCAGAUUACAAUCAAUGCCACUGAACACCGUAACCACAUCGUAAGCUCCCAUUUCCUCUCAAAAUGCACUGAACUGAGGCAAACAGGUUACGCCCGACAGGUGUUCGACCGAUUGCCUGACCGAAGGCACACUUCGCUAUGGAAUGUAAUGUCGAAAGGGUAUCUCCAAAAUGAUGCCUUGAGUGAAGUGGCGGUGUUGUUCUGUGACAUGAUAAGGGAGAAUGUGAGUCCCAAUUGUUACACAUUGCCGGCGGUGCUAAAGUCGUGCUGCAAGUCAUCGUCUUGGAAAGAAGGAGAGCAGGUGCAUUGCAUCGCAGUCAAGAAUGGUUUCAUUUCGAAUACUUAUGUUGGUACUAAUUUGAUUGAGUUGUAUUCGGGCGCGGGGCGUCUGGUGUGUGCAUACAGGGCGUUCACUGAGAUGGUAGAUAGGAAUGUGGUUUCCUGGACUGCAAUGAUCACUGGAUAUGUUGCCAAUGGUGAUUUGGUUUCAGCAAGAAGGCUCUUUGACCUAGCGCCAGAGCGAGACGUCGUGUUGUGGAACAGGAUGGUUUCUGUUCAUAUAGAUUUAGGAGAUAUGGUGGAGGCUAAGAGGCUUUUCGAUAUGAUGCCAUGUAAAGAUUUGAUGUCUUACAACACUCUGUUGAAUGGAUAUGCCAAGAAUGGGGACGUGGAGGGCUGCGAGAGACUGUUUGAGUCGAUGCAGGAGAGAAAUUAUUUCUCUUGGAAUGGAUUGAUUGGCGCAUAUGCACACAAUGGGCGUUUCCUUGAGGUUCUUGAUGCCUUCAAACGGAUGCUGAAGGAGACGAACGUGCAGCCUAAUGAUGCGACGCUGGUUAAUGUGUUAGCUGCCUGUGCAAGACUAGGAGACCUCGAUUUUGGUAAGAAGGUACACAAAUAUGCGGAAGAGUAUGGCUAUGAGGGGAAUGUUUAUGUUUGUAAUGGAUUGAUUGACAUGUAUGCAAAGUGUGGAUUGGUGGAAUGUGCAAUUCGAUUGUUUGAGGGCAUGGUUAAGAAGGAUAUCAUAACAUGGAACACGAUCAUAAAUGCCUUAGCUGUCCACGGCCAUGGAGGCGAAGCUCUGAGCAUUUUCAGCAAGAUGAAAAAUGGUGGAGAGAAACCAGAUGGGAUCACUUUCAUUGGAAUACUGUGUGCUUGUUCUCACAUGGGAUUAGUUGAAGAUGGAUUGGCCUAUUUCAACUCAAUGACUGAUGAAUACGCGAUUCAACCUAAAAUCGAGCAUUAUGGCUGUGUGGUCGACCUCUUGGCUCGAGGAGGGCAUCUGGAGCAGGCUGUGGAGUUCAUACACAGCAUGCCGGUGAAGGCAGACAGUGUGAUAUGGACUGCAUUGCUUGCAGCCUCGCGGAUUCAUAAGAAAAUCAUGUUUGCUGAACUUUCUCUCCAGAGGCUGAUUGAGCUCGAUCCUUGCAAUCCUGCAAACUACGUUAUGUUGUCCAAUGUGUAUGGAGAAGCCGGGAAGUGGGAGGCGCGGGCAAGGGUGAAAGUGGCGAUGAGAGACACCGGGUCGAAGAAGGUGCCAGGAUGGAGCUCUGUUCAGACUGAAGAUGGUGGUGUUGCUGAGUUCUAUUGUUUUGAUGAGAGGCAUUCAAGAACUGAAGAGAUAUAUGUUGCACUCAGAGGAUUGACAAAGUUGUUGAGGUUGUCUGAAUGCAAAAUAGAAGAGCUCAUGGAGCUUCAGCUACAAACCUAAACAAACUAUACAUAUAUUAUUUUUUUGGUGAUACAAGAUUUUAUGUCAUAGAUUCAGAUUUAAGCUGUUUGUUUACAUUCAUUAGGACUGAGUUCAUGUUUUGGAUUAAUAUGACAGUUUACUGGUUUUAUCA